AUGGGAGAACCAGUGACUAGGGCAGAUCUUGAAGGGGUUACCGCGGCUUUUAUCACGACCCUUACUGCACUGACUGAGCAGAUGACUGCAUUGACUACGCAGAUGAACAACAUGCAGAAUAAUACCAAUCAAGGGAGAGACAGGAGGGGAGAACAAAAUCGAACCCCACGGGGGAGAGGCAAACGAACUGUCGUGGCAGAUAGUUCGAGUUAUGAGGAAGAAGAAGUUUUUGAAGAAGAAUGUAGCGAGGAAGGUAAUAAUUCUUUUAAACAUGAUUAUCGAGUAAAAGCAGAUAUUCCAUUGUUUUAUGGAACUAUGGGAGUGGAGGAAUUUCUAGAUUGGCAGAUUGAUGUCGAUAGAUUCUUCGAGGUUAUGAAGGUUCCCGAAAAUAAACAUGUUAAGAUGGUGGCGGUUAGGUUGAAGAGUAUUGCUGCUGUUUGGUGGGAUAAGUUGGUUAUGCAGAGGCAGAGACAAAGGAAGGGUCCAGUUAAGACCUGGCAGCGCAUGAAACAAUUGAUGUUCGAGCGGUUUUUACCGGAGGAUUAUGAGCAGAUUCUGUAUAAGAUGUAUAUAGAAUGCGUUCAAGGGAAGAGGAGUGUGACGGAAUAUACAACGGAGUUCUUGCGAUUUUCUGAGCGUAAUGACUUAGGAGAAUCCGAAAAUCAGAACGUGGCUCGAUAUGUUAGUAGGUUGAAAAAUUCUCUACAAGAAAAGAUGAGUUUGCAAACUGUGUGGACUGUGGCUGAGGCAUCUAAUUUGGCUGAGAAGGAGAAGAGUGCAUUAACUAAGGAGUCUGGGUCUGCACCAAAAGUUGGUCCUAGUAGUGCAUCACAAGGAAAGGCCCCUAUCCAGAAGCAAAAAAAUCCGUAUACCAGACCUAGUGGGGACACUUGCUAUCGUUGUAAUGGCAAGGGUCAUAGAUCCAAUGUGUGCCCAACUCGGAGAGUCACUGUUGUCUUAGAAGGAGAAGCAGAUGGAGGGGAGUUUGAAGGAGAGAAUGAUGAAUAUGCAGAUGCGGAGUUUGCUGAGGAGGAGUCUGAGGAUCGAGUUAACUUUGUUCUGCAAAGGGUCCUGUUAGCUUCUAGAGAGGAGGGCCAGCGCAAGAACCUGUUUAAAACUCAUUGUUCUAUUCAGAUCAAGGUCUGUAACUUGAUUGUGGAUAAUGGUAGUACAAAGAAUCUGGUGUCCCAGAAGCUAGUGGAGUAUUUGAGGCUGCCCACAACACAACAUGAGAAAAAACGAUACACCCUGGGUUGGGUCAGCAAGGGGUCUCAAGUUCGGGUGACGAUGACUUGCAGAGUUCCUAUCUCCAUAGGGAAACACUACAAAGAAGAGGUAAUGUGUGAUGUGCUUGAUAUGGAUGUGUGUCAUAUUUUACUUGGUAGGCCCUGGCAGUUUGAUAAUGAUAUUACUUAUCGGGGAAGGGAUAAUGUGAUGAUGUUUACAUGGGGAUCCCAUAAAAUUGCCAUGGCUCCUGUUAUGAAUUUUGAUGAUAAGUUAGGGGGAAAGAAAACUAUUAAAGGGUUGUUAGGUGCUGUAAAAGAAGAGAACCCCAUUCCAGCUGAAGUUUCGGAGAUAUUAGAGGGUUUCAAGGAGUUGAUUGCUGAUGAGUUACCAAAGGAACUACCACACAUGCGUGAUAAAAAACACCACAUUGAUUUGAAUCCUGGUUGUAGCCUACCAAACCUUCCCUACUAUCGUAUGAGUCCCAAAGAAAAUGAGAUUUUGAGAGAGCAGAUUGAGGAUUUGUUGCAAAAGGGUUCUAAGGUGUUUUCGAAGAUAGAUUUACGCAGUGGGUAUCAUCAGAUUUGUAUUCGAGCAGGAGAUGAGUGGAAGACAACUUUCAAGAGCAAGGAGGGGUUGUGUGAGUGGUUGGUAAUGCCAUUUGGUUUAUUGAACGCGCCUAGUACUUUCAUGCGCUUGAUGAACCAAGUACUUUGUCCUUUUACUGGUUCUUUUGUUGUUGUUUAUUUUGAUGACAUUCUGAUUUACAGCAAGGACAAGAAAGAUCACGUGGAGCAUGUAGCUCAGGUGCUCAAAUUACUUUUCCUAGGGUUUGUUGUGGGUGCCAAAGGAAUACAGGUGGAUGAAGAGAAGAAAGGAAAGUUCCAGUGGGGUGAUGAGCAGGAGAGGAGUUUUUCUUUGAUUAAGGCCAAACUAUGUAGUGCCCCGGUCCUAGCACUUCCUGAUUUUGAUAAGGUGUUUCAAGUUGAAUGUGAUGCCAGUGGGGUAGGUAUUGGAGCAGUUCUGUCUCAGGAGAAGAGGCCCGUGGCCCAUUUCAGUGAAAAAUUAAGUGAUGCUAGGCAGAAAUGGAGUACCCAGAAGGUGAUCAAUAAAAUGCAUGCUCGGUGGGUGAGUUUUCUGCAAAAAUUCCCUUUCAUUAUACAGCAUAAAUCCGGUGUGCAGAAUAAGGUGGUGGAUGCAUUGAGUAGGAGAGCUUCCUUACUCAUCACGUUAGCUCAAGACAUCGUGGGUUUUGAAUGCUUGAAGGAGUUGUAUGAGGAUGAUGCCGAGGUUAAGGAGUUAUGGGCAAAGUGUAGCAAGGGGCAGCCUAGUGUAGACUUCCACAUUCGAGAGGGCAACCUCUUUAGGGGUGAUCAGUUGUGCAUUCCUUUUUCAUCCUUACGAGAGAAGUUGAUCAGGGAUCUUCAUGGGGGUGGCCUUGGAGGACAUUUGGGACGAGACAAGACUAUUGCAGGGUUAGAAAAGAGGUUUUAUUGGCCUCACUUGAGAAGGGAUGCUGGCACCUGA